AUGUGGCGCGCGCGUCCGAGCGGCGGCGGAGGCGCGGGCACCGCCGCCGGCGCCGGCGGCCGCCCGCAGUGCCAGCGAUGCCUCAAGUUCGGCAAGUGGACGUUCGAGUGCUGCAAGGACGCGUCGUCGCGGGUGUACGUCUCUCGGCCGUCGCGGACGGCGCAGCUCAAGAAUCCAAAGGUUCGGCAGCGAUUCGCGGACGCCGCGGAUCAGCCGCCGGACCUACGGAAAGAGGAGAAGGAGCGAAGAGCGGCGAUCAUCGGGAAGGUGAAGGGGAGCAAGAAGCGGCGAAAGGGCGGGAGCGACUCGAGCUCGAGCUCGAGCUCGAGCUCGUCCUCUUCGAGUUCGUCCUCGAGUUCUUCGAGCUCUUCGAGCGGAUCGGAUUCCUCGUCGUCUUCGAGCUCGUCGUCUUCGUCUAGUUCUUCUUCUUCUAGUUCUUCUUCGUCGUCUUCGUCGGAUAAGAAUAAAAAGAAGAAGAAGAAGAAGGCGUCGAAGGCGAAGGCGGAGGCGAAGGAGGGAAAGACGACGGGCGACGGCGACGACGCGGCGGCCGCCGCCGCCGCGGCGGCGGCGCCGCCGCCGACCGACGGCGCCGGCCCCGCGUUCAUCCACAUGCGUUCGUUCCAGGGCGCGCGACCUGGGUACGUGUUCAAGAGUGGAGAUCACGGACCAGGGUACUACCGCGACGUGAACGCGAACGCGAACGCGGCGAGCGGACGCGACGAGGGCGGCGGGAAACGCGGGCGGAGCGGCGAAGGCGGCGACGGCGGCGGGAAGAAGAAAAAGAAAAAGAAGGCGUCGUCGUCGUCGUCGUCGUCUUCUUCCUCUUCCUCUUCCUCUUCUUCUUCUUCCGGGUCGGGGUCGGGGUCGGGGUCGUAG